AAAUCACGUGAAUUCAAAAUCUAAAGUGACUGACUACGCGGUCGUCUUGGUUUCAAUCGGCAACGCCAAACGGUACAAUUUUCUGUUUUCUUUCUUCUCCGAAGCUCAAACAAACCCAAUCGAAACCAAAACCUCAAUGGUUUCUCUCAAGGGAAAAUCUAGGGUUGACUCAACUCGAGUCUCCGUUGGUGGCCAAUCUCGUCCAAGUGUUGGUGGUAGGAAUUUCAAGAUUUAUUCGGGAACUGACCGGAUCAAAGUCGGAGAAGGACUCAUGACAUCUACUGGAGAAGCUAGAGAAACAGGUGCAACUUCAAGAAGGAGUGCUAUAGUAGCGAGCAGAGGGGCUAUUCCCAAUAGCACCAGUAAUCCGAAUCCGAAGGGUGGUUUCAAAACUAUGGAGAAAAGCAGUGGAAAAUAUGGCACUUCUGCAAAUACGACCGUGAGAAAGGCAUUGGCUGAUCUUUCCAAUGUUCAAGGAGACUCUGCAACAGCUAUUAGGCGUAACAGCUCCAAAACAAAGGUUUCAGCAGGUUCAAGCACUAAAGUAGUGAGUGUCUCCUUGAGGAAAUCCAUCACGGGAAGAGUGCAAAGUAAUACUACUAGGCAAAAUGGAGUUCAGUUACAUGCUCCCAAUAAAGUAGGCACAGAUUUAAAGGCAUCUUUAGAUGAUCAAAAGAACGAAACAAGUGGAGGCCAAUCAGGUGCCACAAAGGAUAGGUUUGGAAGGAAGCCUAUCUUACCUAAAACUACAAGCACUUCAAGAAUGUCUCUACCAGUACCGAAGAGGGUAAACAGGGCAGAUAUGAGUAACACAAAGGAAAAUGCUGGAAGUUCUGAAACAGCUAACGGCCAAAGUGGUCUUCCUGCUAAGGCAACAACAGGCGUAAGAGUCAGUUCCCAACUAAAUAAUGCAAGAAGCCAUCUAUGGAAGACUCGAGUGAGUGAUGGCUUUGUUCAAAUGGUUCAAAGCAAUGUUUUACAAGCAUCCUCAAGGAAGUCCAUCAAGCCUAUUGUUAAGACCACAGUAAAGGCUUCCGCAGCUCGAAGGACAUUAAAAUCUAAAUCCAUAUCAUGUCAGAGUAAAUCAAAAUCAACUGCUGCAGUGUCGUCUAAGGAUGAGGAAACAGCUUCUUUGUCUCUUCCUGAGAAUGGCUCAGCGAAAGUUUCUGAUGAUGCAAAUCAAAGACAUCUUCAAUGUGUCGGAGAGGGCAACCUGAUAACAAGUUCGUCAGAGUUCCUUCCAAGGAAAAAGUCCACCCGCCGGAAAUCUUAUACAACUUCAUUAAUUGAAAGAUCUAAGUUUCUCAAGGAAAGUGGUGAAGUUAAGGAGCAGGAUAACCUACCAAAUAUAGAUAAUGAAUGCAAUCAACUAGAAGUUUCUGAAUACAUUGAUGACAUAUAUCAGUACUAUUGGGUUACAGAGGCAUAUAGUCCAACUCUGGCAAAUUACAUGUCAAUUCAGACAGACAUUACACCUCAGAUGCGAGGCAUAUUGGUCAAUUGGCUAAUUGAAGUACACUUCAAAUAUGAUUUGAUGCCAGAAACUCUGUAUCUCACAAUUACAUUGUUGGAUCAAUAUCUUUCCCAAGUGACUAUCAAAAAGAUUGAUAUGCAGUUAGUUGGUCUAACUACACUUCUGCUAGCUUCAAAAUAUGAGGAUUUUUGGCAUCCAAGGGUCAAAGAUUUACUUAGCAUCUCGGGCGAGUCCUAUACUAGAGAUCAAAUGCUUGGAAUGGAGAAGCUUGUUCUUAGAAAAUUGAACUUCCGUCUUAACUGUCCGACUCCUUACGUUUUUCUAGUAAGGUUUCUUAAGGCUGCGCAGACAGUAGAUAAGAAGCUUGAACACAUGGCAUUCUUUCUCAUCGAACUAUGCUUAGUAGAAUAUGAAGCUUUAGCAUUCAAGCCUUCAUUACUAUGUGCAUCAGCUCUCUAUGUUGCACGUUGUACUCUGCAAAUAACCCCACCAUGGACACCACUUCUUCGCAAGCAUACGCGUUAUGAAGCUUCACAGAUCAGGGGUUGUGCGGAUAUGAUAUUGAGAUUUCAUAAAGCUGCAGGGGUGGGAAAGUUAACAGUUACAUACGAAAAAUACUCCAGACAGGAAUUCAGUGGGGUUGCAGCAGUGAAACCGUUGGAUAGGCUUCCCCUUCCCCUUUGAUUCCACUUAUGUGCUAACUUCUGUUAUAAUAUAAGGGUAACAUUCUUAUCAAAUUAGAAUGUUUUUUGUAACCACUUUGUGAUGUCAUAUAAAUUUGCAUUAAGAAAGGAAUUUAAUUCAAAAAAAUAAUAAAAUCUCGAGGUUUUAUUUUAGUCGAGAUAUGGAUUGACAACCACAA